UAAUUGCAUUGGUUAUAAAAUGAAUUAUUAUUUUACGAAUGAAAUGUAUUAUUGAUAAGAAUUGUUGUUUCUACCUAUAAAUAAGUUUAAUAUUGACAAUAUGGAUAAGUUUAAGAUGCUAUCCGGCGAGGAGCUUGUUAUUCAGGGAGCGAAAAAGGUCAAUAGUUCUUUACCUGAAUUAGGCUUGAAGGAUGUAAUCCCAAAUGGUUCUUGGUUGGAACAAAAACAAAUACAGAGCUCGCUAGAAGCUCGUAGACACAUCAUUGAAGUCGAACGCAUAGAAAAGUGUGGUACUUUAAGCCAAGCAGAUUGGAAUGAUGAGCUGCAGCUUGCUGAGGUGACAAAGAAUGCUGGUGGCCACUGGCAAUAUGUCGGUCACAACAUUGGCAGGCAAUUAUAUCUUUAUCCAGAGGAAGCACUAUAUUUGAUGGAAGUUAGUUGCCUUCAAUUGAAGUACAAUGAUGUCACAGUAUCAAUUCAGCAAGCAUAUUCCUUACUUUUGAAGGAUAAUAACUCACUAAUUCAAUAUAAAGUAUAUGCUUCACUGAGUAGACUGGGAUACAAGGUGUUAAGACACACUUAUGUUAAAGCGAAUGAUUCUGAAAAUGAUGAAGCUGAAGAUAAAGUACAAGACUCAUCAAGUAGUGAGAAAACAUGUCAAGUAACAGAUACUAGUACGGAAAAUGUAGAAACUAAGAGUAUGAAUGAAAACAAAGAAGGAAAUGGUGCAAACGAAAUAAAUGAAAUAACAGACUACCAAAUGAGAAACAUUUCUGAAGAUGAAAAUAGUGAUAGUACUAAAAAUGCUGAAACAAAAGAUGAUACAAUUAAAUUAAAAAGUGAUGAAACAAUUAAAGUAAUUGCUAUCACUGGAGAAUUGAAGGAUAGAGAUGAAGAAAAUAUAGAUAUGGAUCAAGAAAAGCAGGAACUUUGCGUAAAAGAAAGUGAUCAAAUUGCCGACUGUCAGAUGAGUGAUGCUUCAAGUGAUAAAAAAAGUGAAAAUACUGAAACUGCAAACCCAACAGAACUAUUAUCAAGUAGUGGUCAAGUAUGUGAAAUAACUGGUAUCACAGAAGAACAGAAGGACAGUAAAACCUUGGAUAAUAAAAAAGAAGAAAUUUUUGCAAAAGUAACUGAUGAAAUUACUGACUGCCAUAUGUCUGAUAUUUCAAUUAAUGAAAGAUGUGAUACUAAUGAAAAUAUCGAAGCUGCAGAGAAAGCAAUAAAAUCUAUUAGUAGUGAACAUACAUGUGAAGUACCUGAUAUCAUUGAGGAACAGGAGAAAAAUGAAGAAAUGGAUCAGAAAAUGGAAGAAGAUUGUGCUAAACAAACUGAUAACAUUGCUGACUGUCAAAUAACUAACAGUUUAAACCUGGAAAAUACAGAUAACAAUGAUAUGAUUGAAGGAUCUGAUAAACAAAAAGACCAUACAGAGAAUAUAAAAACAGGCUAUAAGACUGAAGGAUGUAAUGGAAGCAGUAAAGAUAUAGUUCAAAAUAUGGAAUCUAGUGAUGAACAAAGUUCAUUAGUAGACAUUCAAGAAAACUCGAAAUCGGAUGACUGUGAAAUUAUAUGUAUGGAAAGUGGUUAUACAGAUGAAAGCAAAGUAAGCUCAAGUGUUUAUUUGUGUGAUGAUGACUUCAAAGAUAUUAAAGAAAAUGAUGUUGAAAUAAGUGAAGAAAUUGUUAAUAGUAGUUCUGCAGUUAUUAUACAAAAUAAAAUAGAAAUAUUGACCUGUAGAGAGUUGAAACCUAGUAACUCAGUUAUGGUUGAUCAUUGCAUUACUGAAAACUUGCCUGAUUUUUAUCAAAAACAGGUUGUUACCAUUAAGGCUCCGGAUGAACAACUUAUACCAAGAAAUGUGUUCCUAAACAAUACUGCCUAUGUUUUGAAUUUAGAAAAUUUGAAGCUGAAAUCUGUAACUCCAGCACCAUCAUGUAGUACCCGAACAUACAGUGUUUCUGAUGAAGCUAAUGAACAGCAUGUGAGAAGAAUAGGGGGUGCUUUCUCCGGAAGUACCCACAUUCAUUUUAAUCCACAAUUCUUCCCUAAUAUGAGAUUCCCUCAACAAACACCACAGUUCCGACCAUACACCUACUGGAAUCAAUACCAAUGGACCUACCAAAGACCGUUUUUUACUAGCUUGCCUUUCAGGUUUCAAUUCCUACCAAGAAUGCAGCCUAUGUUUAGGUGCAUCCCUUCCCGUUCAAUGAUUCCUAAUCUCGAAAAUGCUGAUUCAAGAAGAGCAAGGAAAAGAAAACUCGAAAAUCCCAAAAAAUACCACUUAGAAUCCAUAAAAAAGCUGGCUUUAAAGUUAAAGAGUCUAGUAGCAUCAGGGAAUAGGCAAGAACAGAAUAUUCAGGCCUUGCAAAGACUGAUAGACACUUACAACGUGAGGUACAAAGCGAGAGUAGAACUCACAGCCCAACUGGAUAUAAUAGAAAAUGAAAUAAUCCUGGAGACAAUUUACUUGGAUGAUGAUGAUCAGUCUAGUUCAAGAAAGAAAAAGAGAGAAGAGAUGGAGUCAUAUGAUGAGAAUUUCAAUUCCUUGAAACAAUUUGCAGUGAAGAUUAAAGAUCUUGAAGCUAAAAAAAUACUUACAACGCGGCAUAAAAGAGCAUUUUCGAAUGUGGUCAAAACUUUCAAUAAAUCUUAUAAUGCUGACGUUUACUUCGAUUCAAAUUAUGAUAUCAUUGAUAAAAGACGUAUAGUUAUUGCUUCAUCAUCUGACUCAGAUUGUGCUGUUGAAGAAAUUCAGAUCUCUACGGAAGAUACUUCAAAACCACGAAAAAGUAGAAAGCUGAGAAACCCUUUUUACAUUCUGAAGCAACUCUCGGAGAAACAGAGCCCAGCCAAAAGUUCACAGGACGUAUUGAGUGAAAAUAGUCGAAUUACUUUAAAAAAGAAGUUUCAAUAUAAUGAGCAUUUAAAAAAGAUGUUUAGUAAAUAUUGGUUGCCAAGUGAAGACGAUUUUGGUAGAGCAGAAGUGCCUCUUAGAAGCGAAAUUAGGAAUCAAAUGGACCACAGUGAAGAAUUUCUUUACCAAUUUAUAAAAAGUCAACCUGUUAAAUUCAAUAACUGGCUGGAGGCAAAAAUAGCAUAUUGGCAUUCAUGUAAAGAAGCAGCUCUAAAAUACGAAGCUCAUUCUCAAAACGAGAACAUCAAAUUAGAUUCUAUAAUAAAACCUGAAGACUGCACGGACCUUCGUAAUGUGUUGAAGAAGUUGAGUAUCAUAAAGACAGCAACAGAUGUUGACGAAGAAUGCAGUCUUAGUUUACAUUUCGAUGUCUACAACAGAGAUGUGGCCAACUUUAAGAAAACCAAGAAACCAACACCACACUUCAGGGUGAUCUGUAUUGCGGAAUCAUCUACAGUUCCAUCUGGCGUGGAAUUCGCUACGCUCCACUCGAAAUACGACGAUGAUGUUGUAAUUCUAUUCGCUAUAGUAGGAACAUCUUCAAUCGCGUAUCUUCAGAUGAACCCAGUGGACUUGCCGAUGUAUUUACCCAGUAACAACCUGCCGUAAGUUAAUUUUAUAAAAGGGAAUAUAAUAAAACUGUUGAUUU